UUAUAAUAAUUCCCUCCCAUGUUCUGCAUCAUGAGCAAAGUAUUCGUUCUGUGCCUGUGGAUUCUCCUCCGAGUGGAUUCCCUGAUGUACCCGGCCGUCAUCCUCCCCCAAGACCCGACUCUCCGUAUCGGCUCCUCGCUCACGGCCAACUGUUCGGUUGCCGCCGACUCGAGCCUGCGAGCCGAGGACCUUUACUGGACUCUGAACGGCCGGCGGCUCCCGGCACAGACGUACAAGGUCCUCGGCGCCAACACCCUGGGCGUCACGAUCUCUAACCUGAACGGAUCGCAGCAGCAGUCGGGGGACAACCUGGUCUGCCACAGCAAGGAAGGCGGAGGCAUUUUGGCCGGAUCGUGUCUCUACGUAGGAUUGCCGCCAGAGAAACCGACAAACAUCUCCUGCUGGUCCAAAAAUCUAAAGGACCUCACAUGCAGGUGGACCCCUGGGACAGAGGGAGAGACUUACCUGCACACAAAUUACACCCUGAAGUACAAAUUGAGGUGGUACGGUCGAGACAACGUCUGCCGGGAAUAUCACACGGCCGGGCCCUACACCUGCCACAUCCCAAAGGACCUGGCCCUCUUCACGCCCUACGAGAUUUGGGUUGUGGCCACCAACCGGCUGGGGAAAUCCACUUCCGACGUGGUCAUGCUAGACAUUGUGGACGUGGUCACGACCGACCCACCCUCGGACGUCCACGUCAACCGCGUCGGCGACCUCGAGGACCAGCUGAGUGUCCGCUGGAGUGCCCCCCCGGCUCUGAAGGACUUCCUCUUCCAAGCCAAGUACCAGAUUCAGUACCGCGUAGAGGACAGCACCGAGUGGAAGGUGGUCGACAACGUGGGCAACCAGACCUCGUGCCGUCUCGCGGGGCUGAGGCCCGGCACCGUCUACUUCGUCCAGGUGCGCUGCAACCCCUUUGGCAUCUACGGCUCCAAGAAGGCCGGCAUCUGGAGCGAAUGGAGCAACCCGACGGCCGCCUCGACCCCUCGGAACGGGCGGGCGCCGGGGAUCUGCGAACCCAAAAGCGGCGAGCACAACAACACGCUGCGCCGGGAACUGAAGCAGUUCUUCGGCUGGAUGCGCAAACACGGAAGCUGCGCCAGCCUGAGCAUCAAAAUGUACGACCAGUGGAGGGUCUCGCUCCAGAAGUCCCACAAAACACGGAACCAGGUAGGUCCUCUCCGGCGAUAAAUCCUAGCGACGCCCAAAAGGCGCCCAAGAGGAGUAAAGGCAGCUGGGCGGCCGGUUUUCCGG